AUGACGGAGCCGAAGGGCGCGCUAGGGACGGCACCGGACGUCGCUCCGAUCGGGACCGGGUCCGCGGCGCUCAAGCAGGCACCCGCGGUCGCCCAAGCUCCAGCCGCGGUGAUGCACCCCGGGGGAUUCGCGCCGCAAGGGGCGUACCCCGGAGUACCCGGCGGGUACCCCGAGAUCGACCUGGAGCAGGUCCCGGACGACGGAUCGUUCAACCCGCUCCUGGACCCCAACUACACCGCGCUGCAGCUCGCGCUCGCGCAGGCGGUGGAGCGCGAUCCGGAAGGGGCGACCGCGUUUUACCUGGAGCUGUGCGACAAGGGUCCUCGCGCCAUGGUCCGCAGAGUCGUCGACGGGAUCGUGCCGGGGGCGCCUCGGGUGCCGCCGGUGGUGGGGAUGCCGGCCGGGGGGGGCGUGGGGGGGAGCGCGAGCACGGGGUUGCCCAGGCGGCCGGGGUCGACGGUGUGCAUCGAGUACUCGAGGUUGGGCGGGUGCGCGCUCGGCGCGGCGUGUCCAUACGACCACCCGACGGGAUGA